UUCUGUUAUGUUAUCUUAUAUUUUCAUUGUGCAGGGAUUUAUUCACCAGUAUAACAUGCGGUCAGCUGGUUUCCUCCUGUUGUUCAUUUCACUCAGUAUUCAACUCUACGAAUCGCGUAAUACCCCUACAGGUGAUACCCCGCUAUUUCCUACAGGUAAUACCCCUACAGAUGAUAUCCCAGACAGGCUAAAAGUCACUGCGAGAAGUUGCAGAGAACUUCGGAAGAAACAUGGAAAGACAAAAGAUGGUUUGUACUACUUGCUCUCUAUAAACAAUGAGAUUUACCAAACCUACUGUGACAUGACCACCGAUGGCGGAGGCUGGACGCUGGUGGCCAGUGUGCAUGAGAACAACAUAAAAGGGAAAUGCACAGCAGGUGAUCGCUGGACAAGCCAACAAGGCAAUGAUGCAAAUUGUGCUGCGGGAGAUGAAACAUGGGCUAAUAAAGUCAUAUUUGGAACUCCAGAAGCUGCAACCUAUGACGACUACAAGAACCCUGGAUAUUUUGACAUCCGUGGAAAAGAUAUUGCUGUGUGGCAUGUUACCAAUGAUUAUGAAGUGAGGUUCUGGAAAGUUGCUUCUGUUUUACGCUACCACACUAAAACCAACUUUCUGACACUUUUUGGAGGGAACCUUUACAACUUAUUCAAGAAACACACUUUAAAAUAUGGUGCAGGGGCAUGUAGUACUGAUAAAGGAAUUUCUAUUCCUAUUGUUUAUGAUGUUGGCAACGAGAUGAGUACUACAGAAUUGUAUGGACAAUCUGUUAGAGGGGAUUUUGACCCUGGAUAUGUAACAUUCAGAGUUUUCAACAGUUUCACUGAAGCCUUUGCAAUGUGUUCUGGGGUCAGGCCGAAAGGAUGCUUUGCACAAUAUUAUUGCAUUGGUGGUGGUGGCUACUUUCCAUACACUUUUUGCACCGAUUUUGCCUUUCUUGGUGCAAAUAACGGUGCAACAAAUGGAUAUGGUGCAUCUAAAGAUCUCAUACAAGCAUCUGUGCUUAUUUUCUACCGCUAAAAUAUAAGACAUCACUGUAUGUAAUUUCUAGCAACUGUGUUUAUAUGUCAUUUCUAGCAACUGUGUUUCUUUUUGCAUUUAAGCAAAGUUCUUAAUUUGUAGACACACACACACACACACACACACACACACACACACACACACACACACACACACACAUAUUACCCCACUGUUGUGAUAAUAAUCUUAAUGGAUUAAGCAACCAUAUAAAAAAUGUUAUUAUGCUUAUUACGAUCAAACACGACUGAAAAAGUGUGACUUGCCACAAUAUUUGGACAUCUUAACUUCACAUCCCACAGAUACAGCAGCACUUUGUCAUCGCAUUACUAAUGUAUUAGGCUACUUCUAUCCUAAAAUAAUUAAUAAUAAUAAUAAUAAUAAUAAUAAUAAAGCUUUUCAAGAAUAUUCAUGAGAUUUUUGCCAUGUUGUCAGAUAAUAAUUUUAAUAAUUUAAUGUCCAGGUACUGAUUAUUAUGCAUUAUUAUAUCAUGUUUAUAUUAUUUUACUAAAAUGAAAGCAGCACUCAAGCUCCAUGAACACAUGAUCAGUUUCACAAAUGUGCUUUGGCCUAUUUAAUUAGUGACCUAGAAAUAGUGCAGAAUCUGAAAUAUUUAGAGAAAUUUCUUAGUUUCUUGUUUUAUAUCAUCAUCAUGUUUUCUUUGUUGUACAUUUGUCAAAAUCCUAAAACCCUCCUGAAAUCCUAUUUCAAGUUGCUAUGAGAUUUUCAGUGUGAUCACAUAAUUUGAGUGUGCACGUAGCCUAUACUGAUGCCCAUUGCCCAAUCUGUCCAUCUAUUUUUAGACAUUCAGGUGAAUAAAUACAUUUUUGCCUACUGCAUAAAAAUGCAUGUUUCUACACAUAAUUAUCUAAAUCUGUACCGUCACCAGAGUAAA